ACCAUCAGCAGCAUCAGAUUAUAACACAACCAACCAGCAGCAGGUAGUGCAACACAAGACUGGCAAGAUCGAUCGACCGAAGGUAGCUAGCUAGUAAGGAAGAGCAGGAAGAAGAAGAAAGAUGGCGGCAGGCGGCGUGUGGGUGUUCAAGAACGGGGUGAUGGAGCUGGAGCAGGAGGCGGCGAGCCGGAAGGCGCUGGUGUACAUGCCGGCGAACGAGACGAUGCGGUCGCUGGAGGCGCUGGAGCGGCGGCUGGGGUCGCUGGGGUGGGAGCGCUACUACGAGGACCGCGCCAUCGUGCAGCUCCACAAGCGCGGCGGCGUCGACCUCAUCUCCAUUCCCCGGGACUUCUCCAAGCUCCGCUCCACCCACAUGUAUGACGUCGUCGUCAAGAACCGCGACCACUUCAAGGUCGUCGACCUCUAGUUAGCCAUCUUCAUCGGUGAUAUUCUUCCUAUUCGAGCCGGAUAAGUUCCUGGCUCCGCGCCACAAAUAUAUGUAUAGACGUCAUAUACAAAUAAGAACCUCUGCGUGUACGAUUAUGCAUGUGUUGUACUGUCCCUGUGUGAUGUAGUAUGUAACUGUGUGCCUUUGUCAGAA